AUGGCGUCGUCGUUGCCGCCAGUACUUCUUGCACGCCUUCAAAAGCGUGGUCUCAUCAAGAACGAAGAGGAAGUGAUCGCCGAGAAUUAUGACAAAGAACCGGAGAAAAAAGUACGUUUCUCUUAUGCUUACCUCAGAAAUCAAUAAAACGCAGACAGCUUCUCCAAAAGAUGCUAGACCUUGAAACCUACGUACUACACAUUCUUUACGCGAAAAAUAUGCAAAAAUCGGCAAUUUUCAGGUGGAUCACGAAGAAAACGCGGCGGGAGCGCCCGGCUGUCCGAAUAAAACGAAUCCGUUCCACGUCUGUGUCGAAUUCUGUUACGAUCAUUGGGGAGACGGUACUCCCGAGUACAGGUACGUCCUGGAAUUUUUUUGCGAUUUUUCGUUAAAUAAUUACUUUCAGACUUCCCGAAAAAUAUGUGCAACAAAAGAACCGAAUGCUCGCCAAAUUUCCGCUUCCCGACAAUUGGGCCGAGGUUUACGACGAGGGAAUCGCCAAAUUCUAUUUUUGGAAUAAAGUCACCGAUGAGGUGUGUUGGUACUCUCCACGUCAUCCACGCGCAAUAAUCAGCGAUCCGGCGCCGAGAAUUGCGAGAGAACAGGCGGCUCAGUUAUUCGGCGAUCCCACACAGUCCGAGGUAUGUUUUUUUUUUGAAAGACCGUUAAAAAAGGGAAAACAUGGAAGAAAAAACGUCAAAAUCAUUUCCGUUUCAACCAAUCUUAAAAUUGAAGGGGCAUUGUUGUGUUGGAUCCGAGCGGAAGCGAGUGUAUUUGAGAAUACUUUAUUGAGGAAGUCACAAGUCCAGACAGGAGAGAGAGAGAAGAAUAAUCGGGGAAGCGGGGGGAGAUGUCGAGGACAGAAGGGCCAGGUAGAACACGUGGCCAGAGAACAAAACGUUUUAGUGAAUAUUUGUGUGUAUAGCGCCGUACACAACAGGCAUGAUCGACAAAAGUCGAAUAAGCAUCAUUAUGUCGACGUGGCAAUCGACAUGAAAGCGCGGUGUUUUUAAAAAAAACGCUUGUGUGUUUGAGAGACCUUUUUUUAAUCUACAAAAACUUUCUGAUCUGCACGGCAUGACAUUUUGUUAGCUUUUUUGUCACUCUACAAAACACUUCUCUUUUUGCAGGAAGACAACGCGGCGCGUCGUCGAAAUCAUCAUUUCGGAGGUGGUCGUGAUCGAUUCGGCGGCAGAACAUUCGAGAAACGCAAGAAGAACGAGCCGAUGACGUCGAAUGGACCGGAUUCGGACGACGACGAAUUGCAGGAAAUGAACAAUAGAGACCGGCUGAAGCGGGCGAAACGGAAGGGAAUCGAUCCGAUGGACCCGGCCGCUUACGGAGAUGCUCCUGUGUAUGUUCACUUUUUUUUGUGUUUCGGUGUGACUUCUCAAUAACUUUUGUUUAGAAAAACGUUGCUCUCAAGAAGUGACGAAUAGGAAAAAAUUGACAAUUUUUUUUUACGAAUUCUGUGUUAACUUUACCGUUUCUGGCGAGUUUUUAAAUGUAAAUUCUAGUCUCCACUCUAGUCCACGCUUCUCAAUUGUCUUUUUCAGCGGAAAAUGGUCGGACGGACUGCGAGUGGACCAGGUGACGGGCGCUGACGUCACCGCCGGCGGACCGCUUUUCCAGCAACGACCCUAUCCGGCGCCCGGAGCAAUUCUCAGAAAACAGAAGCCGCAGGACGAAUAA